UCUUUAGAAAUCUCUCUCUCUCUCUUACAGAGAAAGGAGGUCACCAAACGCCUCUCUCUCUCGCUCUCUCUCUCUCUUACAGAGAAAGGAGGUCACCAAACGCCUCUUUCUAUCUCUCCCUCUUUCUCUGGCUCUGCUCUUCUCUCUCUCCCUCCUCUGCAAUCUGUUUUGAGCGAAGAGAUCGGUUCAAGGAAUCGUUUUCAAUAAGGAACAAGUUUCAGGAGAGGUAAAAGAUGGACCAUGAUGAGACAGGAUGUCAAGCUCCUCCUGAACGCCCAAUUUUGUGUAUUAACAAUUGUGGCUUCUUUGGAAGUGCAGCCACGAUGAACAUGUGUUCCAAAUGCCAUAAAGAUAUGCUGUUGAAACAGGAGCAGGCUAAGCUCGCUGCAUCAUCUGCUGGAAAUUUUGUUAAUGGAUCAUCAAGCAACAGUGUGGAACAACCUGUUGUUGUUGACACUAUUGACGUUCAAGUCAACAAAGUGGAGUCAAAUAGCAUCUCUGUGCAGCUGUCCUGUGCUUCAGGGCUGGGGGAGAGUGUUGAGGCAAAGCCAAAGGAAGGUCCAAGCCGGUGCAGCACUUGCAAGAAACGGGUUGGUUUAACAGGGUUCAAGUGUCGAUGUGGCAACUUUUUCUGUGCAUCUCAUCGCUACUCGGACAAACACAACUGCCCAUUUGAUUAUCGCAAUGCGGCACGUGAGGCUAUAGCAAAAGCCAACCCCAUUGUCAAGGCUGAGAAGCUUGAUAAGAUCUAGAUCAAAUGGGGUGAAGUUUCAUGUACUGGAACUUGAUGAUCAUUUUGUCUUUUGAGGCUUCUGAGUUGGCCAAGUAUCUUAGCAGGUGUCCUUCUGUAUUGUUGUGUAUGGGAGAAGCAAGGCAGCAUAGGACAUCUCUCUGCAAAAUGAAGGACUCUAUAUCUUGUGAUUGGCGAGAGUUUAUAUGUUGCCUCCAGUGUUAUUAAGUCUAAAUCUGUGCUGGUUUGAUGGACUUUGUCAUGGUUAGGUUUGUACUGUGUCAUCUUGUUUCAUAUAGCAUUUCGCAGGUAGUACGUCAAAAUGGCUUGUGCAAUUUCUAGAAGAUAUAUGGAAGUCAUCCAUGGACGCUCAUGUGCGUAGCUUCGUAAAUUUAAAUUAUGGCUUCCAUGGCAUUAAAUUUGCUAUAAUUGAAUCCCUUUUAUGGUUUGCAAUUA